AUGGCUGAAUAUGGUGGCUCUAUAAUGGCUGUGGGUGAGGUCCUGGUAUGUGUGAGGAUCGCUGUUCCCAUUCUCUGGUUGAGGGUGUUUCUGCUUCUUUCUGGACGGUCCCAUGUCGGGCACUUCUAUCACCAUGGUCCCCCAGAAGUGGUGAUUCCUUUGAGGAUAACAGACAGGAGCAUUGUCAAGAAGCCUACAGGCUGGCUUUCUUACUGCCUGCAUUUUGGUGGCCAGAGACACGUUUUCCAUAUAAAGGUCAAGAAGCUUUUGCUGUCCAAAAACUUCCCAGUGUUCACUUACACAGACCAGGGUGCUCUUCUUGAAGACCAGCCAUUUAUCAGGAAAGACUGCUAUUAUCAUGGCCAUGUAGAGGGGGAUCCAGAUUCCCUGGUUUCUCUGAGUACCUGUUUUGGGGGCUUUCAAGGAAUAUUACAGAUAAAUCACAUUCUUUAUGAAAUUUUGCCCAAAAGGCUUUCUACCACAUUCGAGCACCUGGUAUAUAAGAUGUACAGCGAGGAGAAACAAUUCCCACCUAUGAGGUGUGGACUAACAGAUGAAAAGAUAGCACGACAUGUGAAGUUUCAAGAGAGCAGUAAUUCCACUUUGGUGCAAAGUGAAUAUGAAGGUCUGUGGAUGCACAAGAGAUAUGUUGAAAUGGCAGUGGUAGUAGACUACAAUCGAUAUGCCUAUCGUGAAUAUAAUGUCACAACCGUGCAGCUGGAAGUGAUUACUACUAUGAACAACGUAAAUACCUUCUACCAACCUCUAAAUGUCGAUGUGAGUUUAGUUGGAAUGGAGGUCUGGAAUGAAGGAAACCCUGUUGAAAUAGAGAACAUGGAUGUACUUGUGGAUUUAUUUUGCGCCUGGAAGAAAAAAGGCUUCAAUGCCCGUGUGCCCCAUGAUGCUGCCCAUGUUUUUGUAAAAAGAAGAUACGGUAUUCUUGGCAUAUCUUAUGUCGGAUCAAUAUGUAACUAUAAUACUAACUGUGCAGUGGAUGCUUUCACAAGUGAUAAUUUGGGUUUUUUUGCAUUUGUUGUGUCACAUGAGCUUGGUCAUUCUCUGGGUAUGUGGCAUGAUGAAGAAACGUGUAAAUGUGCAGACAAUGUGUGCAUAAUGUAUGCAGAACAGUCUCAGGCAACUAAAUUCAGCAACUGCAGUUAUGCUCAAUAUUGGCACACUGCUGUUGGAUCAAGAUGUAUCUUCCAUCCACACACUCCAGAGAGAAUCUUCAAGUAUACGCGCUGUGGGAAUGGUGUGGUUGAAGAAGGAGAAGAGUGUGACUGUGGCUCCUUAAACAUGUGUACAAAAGAUCCAUGUUGUCAGUUAGACUGUACUCUGAGUCCUGGAGCUACUUGUGCUUUUGGGCUUUGUUGCAAAGACUGCAAGCUCAUGCCAUCAGGUGAUGUAUGUAGAGAACAGGCUAAUGAAUGUGAUCUUCCUGAGUGGUGUGAUGGGACAUCCUAUCAGUGUCCAGAAGAUGUGUACGUGCAAGAUGGAGUCAAAUGCACAGGAGGCGGCUACUGCUAUGAAAAGAGAUGCAAUAUCCGUGAUGAACUCUGUAGCAGACUUUUUGGCCCAAAUGCCAAGAGUGCAAGUCAGAUUUGCUACAGUACAGUGAAUAUUCGGGGUGACCGUUUUGGUAACUGUGGUCUCAAGAACAAUCAGUUUAUAAAAUGUAAUACCUCAGAUACCCUGUGUGGGAGGGUGCAGUGUCAGGAUGUGGCAAAAAUCCCCACUCUGAGAGACCAUUCUACUCUGCACUGGCUUCACUUCAAUGACAGCAUCUGCUGGGGUACAGAUUUCCACUAUGGGAUGCCCUUGCCUGAUCUUGGUGAAGUAAAAGAUGGUACAGAGUGUGGUGAAGAACGUAUCUGUGUUCAAAGGAAGUGUAUACCUUUGGCAUAUUUGAAAACUGAUUGUUCACCCAAGACCUGCCAUAGGAAUGGGAUCUGCAACAAUAGACAUCACUGCCAUUGUAGCCCUAAGUGGAAGCCCCCCAGCUGCCAGGUAAAAGGCAAUGGAGGUAGUGUUGAUAGCGGCCCACCCCCAAUAAGAAAUGGGACUGAAGUGUCACAGAAGGAACAGCAAAAGAAGGCUUACCAGCUACUAUUUUGGUUGGUGCCGCCUUCAGUUUUAUUAUGUUGUUUGUUAAUUUGGUUUUUUAUGAGAAGGGAAAAAAUGGAUAAGAAGGAAGAACAGAAUGUUUCACCUGCACCCAACGAACAGCAGAAUGAAUCACCUGAACCUAGUCAAGAAGUAAAUGAAAACUAG